AUGAAGCUGAUUCCCAAGUGCUUAAACGCGUUAAGACUUUUGGAAGAGCGUAGAAAAACCUACACUCAAGAAGUUUUUAGAUUUCCGGCUAGAGAAGGACUUUUUAGACACAAAAAUGAAUUGAAAAUCAUUGGCGAGUACUAUGACGAAACGUCCGAAAUCGGGGCAAAGAGUUUUAAGGGAAGUUGA